AUGCCUUUGCCACCGGCGUUGCUUGCACGCUUACAGAAACGAGGAAUCAUCAAACAAGAAGAGGAAAUUAUCGCUGAAAAUUACGAAGGCGAUUCCUCAAAAACCAAAACAUAUGAAGAGAAUGCUUCUGGAGCACCAGGUUGUCCAAACAAAUACAACCCGUUUCAUUUAUGUGUCGAAUAUUGUUAUGACCAUUGGGGAGAUGGAAUGCCAGAAUAUCGUUUGCCAGAAAAAUAUGUGAAUUUGAAAAAUAGAAUGUUGGCUAAAUUUCCAUUGCCUGACGGUUGGGUAGAAGUUUAUGAUGCUGGAGUUGGUAAAUUUUAUUUCUGGAACAAAUCAACUGAUGAAGUUUGUUGGUUAUCUCCAAGACAUCCUCGCGCAUAUAUCAGUGAUCCCGCUCCACGAAUGGCUAAAGAAAAUGCUGCCUCAUUAUUCGGUACUACAGAAAUUGAUGUAAGUCGCGAUGAAGACAAUGCACAUCGAUCUCGUCGGCGUCGUCCAGAUGGAGAUCGAAAUCGAGAACUAGCAGGAGAAAAUCGAGGAAGAGAAGUGGAAAAACGAGAAAGGCGAAGACCGAGAGAGGAAGAACCAGAAGAAGAUCUAUCAGAAAUGAACGAUCGAGAUAGAAUGAGUGAGUUGAAUAAUAUUUUUAUUAUUUGGGAUUAUAACAAAAUCUAUUUCCAGAGCGUGCCAAAAGAAAAGGAAUCGAUCCAAUGGACCCCGCAGCUUAUGGAGAUGCUCCAGUUGGAAAAUGGUCAGAUGGAUUGAAAAUUGACGCAGUAACUGGAGUUGAUGUAACUGCUUCCGGACCAUUAUUCCAGCAAAGACCAUAUCCAGCACCUGGUGCAAUUUUGAGAAGACAAAAACCACCAGGAGAUGAUGAUGAUGAAUAA